AUGUCACAUCGAGUUUUCGUGAUUGGGGGCCCAGGUCACGAGAUCGAAGCUCCAUGCGGCAAGGGGCAUGGAGUGGAAGAGUUUCCGCCUCGUGCUCCCGCAUCAUCAAGCAUGACAGCCAGCCCGUCGCCAGUCUUUUUUUGUCAAGUGCAGUUGUUAGGACGGGGGACCCACUGCGCGCCGCAGGCUGAUGCCCAAGGCGUUGCGCAUUCCUACAUGGACCAUACAGGCAUGGUACAUGCUUCGUCGAUCACAGCGCUGGCAUACAAAAACAUCCCUUAUCUGCGAAAGCGGGGCAGGUCUCAGUCUCCGAAAGCCAGUCACAUUGAUUGCCGAUCUGGUGAAGUUGCUGCACAUCCCCCGUUGAGCUUACUAGCUCUUGAAGACGGGACGAGAUAG